GCACGCGCCGUUGCCCCGCGCCGGGGCCCGGCGGCCCGGGGCCGUUGGUCUCGCGCGGCGGCCGUUGCGGGGCCGGCCCGGUCCGGAUCAUGGAGCAGUGAGCUCCCUGCAGUUUCUUGUGUUCCUCAUCUAUCAGAUUUUGACAUGAUCAAACGUUUGGUAGAAGAUGUGCGAGCCAGGCUGCGUUCUGGAGUCACUAUCAACUCACUCGGACAGUGUGUUGAGGAGCUUGUCCUCAAUAGCAUCGAUGCCAAAGCAACAUGUAUAGCUAUCAGGGUGGAUUUGGAAGCUUUCAAGAUCCAGGUGGUGGACAAUGGCUCUGGGAUGGGGAAGGAGGACUUAAAGGCUGUUGGAAAGCGCUACUUCACCAGCAAGUGCAGCUCAGUGAGAGACUUGGAGAACCUGACUUUGUAUGGCUUCAGAGGAGAGGCUUUGGCAAGUAUAGCCAACCUGGCCAGUGUAGUGGAAAUCUCAUCUAAGACCAGCGGGACAGCAAAAACAUUCAUGAAGCUGUUUCACAAUGGGCAAGCACUGGAAGUGUGUGAAGCUGGAUUGAACAGACCAAGUGGUGGAACUACAGUCACCGUGUGCAACCUGUUCCAUCAGUUGCCUGUGAGGAGAAGGUGUAUGGAUCCUGUGUUGGAAAUGGAGAGAGUGAGACAGAAAGUAGAGGCUGUUUCACUAAUGCAUCCUUCUAUUUCCCUUUCUUUAAGAAACGAUGUUUCCUGUUCUAUGGUGCUUCAGCUCCCUAAGACAAGAGAUGUAUACUCUCGGUUUUGUCAAAUUUAUGGACUAGGCAGAUCCCAGAAGUUGCGAGAAAUAAAUCACAAGUCUGGAGGAUUUGAGAUAAGUGGUUUUAUCAGUACUGAGGGACAUUACAAUAAGAAUAUGCAGUUCUUGUAUGUCAAUAGAAGGCUUGUUUUAAAGACAAGACUACAUAAACUAAUUGAUUUUUUAUUAAGAAAAGAAAGUGUAAUUUGCAAGGCAAAAAGUGUCCCUGCAAGCCGACAGGCUAAUUCAAGUCCUGGUCGCCAUCGCUGUGGGCCAGAGUUGUACGGGAUCUUUAUUCUCAAUGUAACCUGUGCAUACAGUGACUAUGAUGUGUGCCUGGAACCUGCAAAGACUCUGAUUGAGUUCCAGAACUGGGAUGUUCUUCUAAAUUGCAUAGAGGAAGGAGUGAAAAUAUUUUUGAAACGAGAGCAUUUAUUUAUUGAACCAUGUAGUGAGGACAUCAGAGAAUUUAAUGAACAUAAUGACUUUCGUUUGCAUAACGCUCCAGUUCUGAAGCCCUCAAUUCUUGAUGAGAAGAGCAUCCAAGAAAGUUUUAAGAAAGCAUGUAAUGAAAUUGUGGAUUCUUAUGAAAUGUGUACCUUGCAAUCAAAAGAUGUCAAGAGAAAAUCUCAUACUGAAAAAAAAAGUUCAAGUCUUAUACAGUCAAGUAAAAAUGUGCAGGAAACUGAAAAUGCCCCAAUUCAGAACACGGCUGAGUUAUCUGAUCCAUGUAGAAACAAUAAAGCAGAGAUUUCAUUGCCAAACAAAGAUGACACAGUUUCUGAUGUAAUGAAAUCAAAUACCUCAGAACAGGAGCCAAAAUACAGUAACAGUUCUCAAAAAAUACCUGAUAUUCGUCUGAAACCUUCAGAAUGUCUUCGUUCCUCUCUCAGUGGAGGGUCCAGAUCAGAAGUAAGAGAAAUAGAUGGUUGUGGUGACCUAGGAGAUUGUGCAGAGAUAAAUAUAAAAGAUUUGGGCAGCCAGCGAGGUCAAGUAAUACAGGAAAGCAAUAAGGUCCGUGUCUUAAAUAAGGAUGUUAUUCAGUCACUGCUUGAGAGAGAAGACCCUGCUGAAACAGCAGCGGGACCUCAAACUCUCUCUGGAAGUUCAUUAAUGAGACUGUGUAAUGCAAGAAGAAACAGGGAAACAGCUGAAGUGAAAGAUGAUGCCAGAAGAGGGGCUGUUAGUUCAUUAGCAUUAAAGUUGCGCCUUACAGACCUCGUAAAAAGUGUUAUGCAAAAUAAGCCCCCAAGUGAUUGUGACCAAACAGAAAGAAAUCUUGCAUUAAACACACAGAGUAGGCCUGGCCCUGUCAGUGCCAAGGAUACUUUUGACCACAAAGUCAAUGUUGUGAUUCAAUCUUCAAAUGCUAAGGGUAUUUCCAAUAAUACUAAUAAAGAAUAUGCAGCUUCUUUUACCAGAGAAGCAUGCAUGACUGAUGGUAAUGAGAACAAACCUUUGUCACAUCGAGUGAGGAAGGAGAUGGCUAUGCCUACUGCUACCAAUAAAAGACCUUAUGAAACAUCAAAUAAUGUGGAAUUGCCCCUGGUGACUUCUUCAGGUAUUCCUGGCAAGAAAAUUGUUAUCAAAAACACUCGAAGACAGAUAGCUGUGCCAAGACCUCAGCCCUCUAAGAAGCUGAGCUUGUCCACACAGCUGGGAUCAUUAGAAAAGUUCAGGAGGUACUAUGGGAGAGUUAAAUCUACGCUACCAACAGCCACAUCAGAGCGAAGUGAAUUUGGUCUCCCAGUUCUUAAUACAGAAACUAACUGUGACUUUUCAAAGAAUAGGAAUGACAAUCACGGUAACUUCAACAGUUGUGAAACUCCACCUGCAGAAGAUACAGAUUCUAAUAAUAUUAGUCGAGGUUUUGGUUCCUUGGAAAAGACUUUAUUUUGCAGUGGAGAAAUGUCACAAGACAAACGAGCCCUUUGCCAGAGUCCUUUGACAUUGUCUGAUUACUCUCUGGUUAGUAACAAAAAUACAAGUUGUGAAAGAUCUCCAGGAUCAUUAUCAUCCAAACUGUCCAGAAUGAAAACUGAUCACAAGGAAGUAGAACAACUUGGUGAACAGUCCCAAGCAGACUCAAAUAGAAAAGACGACCAUUCUUUUGAUCUUGAAUCCUCAAAUAAUGAUUUUUUGUAUAAUGUUUGUCAAACAUAUAAGUCCUCAGUGGAAAAAGUGAGGGAGUGUGAGUCCAGCAUUUGUGAGGAGGCUGCAUGCCCCCAAUCAGAUAGUGUGAUAGCAGAGUCUGUGAAGAGUCCUGUCAGCUCAUCACCACUCAGCAGUAUAGAAGGAGAGUACACAGUCUCUUCAGGCAAUGUUUUAUCAUUACCUAACAAAAAUGAUUGUACUAACAUCACCUGUAAAGAUAAAAGUCUGUUAGGUGAAUCCUCAGAACAAAAUAUGAAAGAUACUGAGGUUCCUCAUGUGACCUUACAAAAGAGCUUGGAAUUGUCUGCCAACAACUCAGGCACAGGCAGUCCCAGGAAUGAUUCCUGUUCUGUCUGGCUGCAAGAUUUUGAUGCUUUAUCGGGUAAGACAGUAUACAUCAAUAAAGCAACUGGACUCAGCACCUACGGCACUCCUCCUAGUGAAGGAUUUCAGACUGCCUGUAUUCAAGAUAUAACAACAAUGGCUGUGAAUGUUGUUUCAGAGAAUGGGUUUCAGUUCAGAUGCCAUCCCUUUAGAAGUGAGAUUGUGCUUCCCUUCCUUCCUAGACCUCAAAAAGAGAAGACUCAGGCAAGCCAGAAUCUGAGAGAUGCUGAAGGGGAGUCUCUCCAGUCAAUGCUUUUGGAAUGGGAUAAUCCUGUUUUUGUUCCCUGCCCAGAGGUAAGUAUUACCUUGCAUCUCAUGCUGAAAUAGGAAUAAUUUUGGAUUUUUGUUAUUUUCUGACAUUGGGUCCAAAAUUGCAAAUAUAAUGAUUAUCGCAUAUAAGUUAUUCAGAGAUACGUUACACUAUGCACCCAGCAGUUUUGGUUUUUAUAGACU